CUCUCUUUCUCUCUCCCUCUCCCUCUCUAGUCUCUCCGCUCUUCUUCUCUCUUCCCCCCAAAAUCUCAGAUCCCAUUCUCCCUCCUCUUUUCCUCUCUAAGGCCUCCAAUUUCCACCCCAAUUUCCAUCAUUCCUCUUCUUUCGAUCUUCUGAGACUCGAGGAGACCUCUUGAUCAAGCCUCUCGAGAUCGGCGUUGAAUAACGAGGUCCAGAGAGGGUUUGAUCGAUUCCUUCUUCAAGCAAUCGGUAAGGUUUCGUUUUUCGGGACUUCGUUAGUGGUAUUUCAUGUCUGGCGCCCGAGCUUCAAAUCGCUCGGCGCAGCCGUCGGGGCAGAUCCUGCAACCUCUGAAGCGACACCUUCCGUUCUCGUCGACGAAGCCGCCGUUCGUUCCUCCAGAUGAUUAUCAUCGGUUCUCCCGUGAGAGUCGUAAAGUUGCUGAUGAAGAGGCCGAUGCUAUUGUUGUUAAAUCUCCGCCUCUGAAGCGGAAGAGUGAAACAGAAGAUUGUGAAGGCUUCAAUGAGUGGACUACCAGUCCUGGGUACACUGAAGUGGUUAACAGCCCCCUUCGUACACCAGUAUCAGGAAAAGGGGGCAGGGUAUACAGCAAGUCAAAGGUUCCAAAGCAUAGCAAAUCAGGGCCUCAAACCCCUGUGCCAAAUGCAGGUUCACCAUCUGGAAAUACUCUUACUCCAGUUGGUACUUGUCGUUAUGACAGCUCUCUAGGUCUCUUAACAAAAAAGUUCAUCAAUUUGAUCAAGCAUGCAGAAGAUGGUAUCCUUGACUUGAACAAAGCUGCUGACACUUUGGAGGUACAGAAAAGGCGAAUAUAUGACAUAACAAAUGUCCUGGAAGGAAUUGGACUCAUAGAGAAGAAGCUUAAGAACAGAAUACGUUGGAAGGGACUUGAUGUCUCAAGGCCAGGAGAAGAAGAUGAUGAUGCCACAAUGUUACAGGCAGAAGUUGAAAACCUUUCCAUGGAGGAGCAGAGACUAGAUGAUCGCAUAAGAGAAAUGCAGGAAAGGCUGAGGGACCUAAGUGAGGAUGAGAACAAUCAAAAGUGGUUGUUUGUGACAGAAGAAGAUAUCAAGGGUCUACCCUGUUUCCAGAAUGAGACUCUGAUAGCAAUUAAAGCUCCACAUGGCACCACUUUAGAAGUCCCAGAUCCUGAUGAGGCUGUUGACUAUCCACAAAGAAGAUACAGAAUUGUCCUCAGAAGCACCAUGGGUCCCAUUGAUGUUUACCUUGUCAGUCAAUUUGAGAAGUUUGAGGAGAUGAAUAGUAUUGAAGCACCUCCAAGCCUCCCACUUGCAUCAAGUUCAGGAUCUUCUGAGAAUCCAGCAGUGGCGAUGGUCACUGAAGAUUGCCAGGGGAAGGAGAUGGAAUUGCAAGGACAUGACGAUCAUAGAAUGUAUUCAGAUCCAAAUGCCUCACAGGACUUUGUGGGUGGGAUAAUGAAGAUUGUUCCUUCAGACGUUGAUAGUGAUGCAGAUUAUUGGCUUCUUUCGGAUGCUGGGGUUAGCAUCACAGAUAUGUGGAAGACAGAACCUGGAGUGGAAUGGGAUGGGAUGGAUGCACUUCAUACUGACGAGUUUGUGAUGACCGAUAUUGGCACACCACGGCCACAAACUCCACCAUCUGAUGUUAUAGAAGUGCCACCAUCUUCUAACUCUAUCAGAAGGUGAAUGGUGGAUAAAAUCAAGAAACCAAGGUCUGUACUUUAUCAGAAUCUCUCAUGCCUGCCCAUUUUCCUCAUCUUUUACCAAUUCAAUCCUGCAGUUUUGGGAAUGGCUUAACAGGAUUCGUGUAGCUGAAUCCAUAUAGUUGGGAUAAGGCUUAGUUGAUGAUGGUGAGCCCAGCAGUUUGGGAUAUAUUGAUUGUCAAAGCUUUAUCCUUGUCUACUAUAUGUUUCCCAAUAUAAGAAGCUUUGGGGAUAGGAAGAUGGAAAAUAGCUGGUCCAAUGUACAGUAUAUUUGAUCAUGUGAUUCGGUAAGGAAUAAAGUUGAAAUAUUUGUUGUUCCAAA